GCUUAUCUCUCCCUCUUUACUCCUCUCGCCAACCUCCUCCUUCUUCCGGAACUAGACCCAAUUUCACCCGCUAAUCCAGCAUUACAAAUUUACAAUGAAGGUCACCAUCAAAGAAUGGAACGCCGUCGCAACCUGGCGCUGGGAUAUGCCCGACGACGAGGUCUGCGGUAUCUGUCGCGUUCAGUUUGACGGCACUUGUCCGACCUGCAAAUUUCCAGGCGACGACUGUUCUCUGCUCCUUGGCAAAUGCGGCCACUCUUUCCAUAUGCACUGUCUGAUGACUUGGAUUCAACAGGAGUCAUCUAAAGGGCUCUGUCCGAUGUGCAGACAAAAAUUCGAAUGGAAACAAAACGAGGAACAAUGAUCAUUGCAGACUUCAAACUGACAUAAUGGCAACCAAUGGCGUUGAAAGGCUCCAGAACACGAUACCCUUCUAUUCAUGGCUUAUUCUUUGAUAAUUCUGUUGUGUAUAUAUUCUUGAAUGAAUUCCUGUAUACCAGGCAGUCACCUGAC